CCGCCACUGCAGACGCCGUAAGGCGCAGCCUCACAUUGAAGCAGGGACCCCCGCUUCAACUGACCUCCAGAAUCAGUUUUCUAUAGAUCGCUUUCACUACUAGAAACGCGCGCAAACGUACAGACGUCAAUGCACCGCUGUUGUUUUUGCAAGCCUGGAAGUACGCACGUGUUAGAGAGAAUGCGCGCUUUUAUUUUUUUUGCAGAACGCACUGAAGGUACAUGCGACACCGCGCUAGUCACCAGUUGCGUCGGCAGCUAUUGUAUGCAGAUGGUGAAGAGUCGCAAACAUCAUAAUACGGUCUGCCGUUUGUGCCGUUGAUAUCAGGCGAUCCUUGAGUUCCUGUGUGUUCACCAGCGACGCAUGCAGUCUGCACCCUGAGCACGCAUCAAGACAUUAGAAGAUCAAAGCGAGUCAAGCGCAAGUCAAGCCCUCGCUAGAUCCUAUAUCUGCUCUGCUGACAUCCGGCGACUUACGAGCGUUUAAGCAACGGCCGCCACCUACCACGCCGGGAGCCAUGGAAUUCGAGCGAGUGCUGAAGGAGAUCGGCGGCUUCGGAAUGUUCAACAAGACUAUCAUCGCCGCCGCAGUAGUGCUUGGUACGUGGCACGCGGCGAUAUGCUACUUGGGUCACGUGCUCGUCCUUGUUGCGCCGCCUAGCCAGUGGUGUUUCGGCAAGGGAGCGAUCGUGAGUGGCGAAGCGUUGGACAUGACGUCGCUGCCCAGAGGACGCUGCCAGUUCGUAGACGAAAUGUCGGACGCCGCCGGGAGCGGCGACCACGCUAACUUCACGGCCCGUCACUACACCGGCGCCACGUGUCCGACGGGGUGGAGGUACGACAACGCAGAGUUCUUCACGUCCAUCACGAUGGAGAACGAGUGGAUAUGUGGUGACAGCUGGAAGAUGUACGCCACGCACACUGCCUAUUGGAUAGGAUCAAUGGCCGGAUGCCUUAUCUCCGGUUUUCUCGCAGACAGGCUGGGAAGGAAGAAGACCAUCCUGAUACUUCUUGCCCUAGGCGGGAGCGGCAACGCAUUCAGCGCCCUGUUUUCCAGCUUCGUGGGCUUCACGGCUCUGCGUUUCAUUACUGGUCUUGGAGCCGGCACCGUUUGCAGCGCGACAUUCGUCAUAGCGAUCGAGUUCACGGUGUCCCACAGAAGGUCCCUGAUUACGCUGAUCUUCGCCAUGAGUUGGUCGGGCCUCUCCGCCGCGCUUCCCUGGUACGGUUAUCUGGUGCAGAGCUGGAGGAUCCUGCUUCUGUCCACCACGGUCAUCGACUUCAUGCUCGCGGCACUCCUCUGCUUCUGGGUACCAGAAUCACCCCGGUGGCUUCUGUCUGUUGGCCGUAAGGAGGAAGCGCUGGCCUCCCUGGAACGGAUUUCUCACAUUAACGGAAAGAAAAUGUCCAGGGAAACCCUCAACAAACUGCUGCUCCAACAAGAAGCAAACGAAGAGAGCGACGAGCAAGUCACACCUUCGAGGAAACUGCCAAGCUUCUUUCAGACGACGCUGCUGCUCGUGAAAUCACCGAGAAUCCGGCGACUCACAAUAUUUAUUUAUUUUGCAUGGUUCGUCAUUACGCUGUGCUACAAUGUGAUCACGCUGCAGCUCGGCAGACUCGACCUGAACAUAUACUCGACCUACGCCAUUGCCAUCGCUUUCGAGCUGCCCGUGAAUGUCCUCUGUCUCGUCCUCAUGGAUUCGGUGGGUCGUCGAUGGUCUAACACCGGCUUCCUGUUCCUAUCGGCUGUCGCCUGUUUCCUCCUAGGCCUACUGCGUCCAGAGUCCAGCACGUGGACGCUGGUUCUAGCCGUGGCGGCCAUCAUGGCGAUGGCAGGCGCCUACAACAUCACCAACCAGCUGGCGCCAGAGGCGUUCCCCACCGUUAUACGGGGCAGGGCGGUGCUUCUUCAAAAGCUCAUCGGAGACGUCGGUGGACUCACGGGCAUUCAAGUGGCCUCGCUGGUGGAGCGCGACACGUACACGCCCGUGCUGGUGAUGGGAGCGCUGUCCCUGGCUGCCACUGUGGUGGUGUUCUUCCUCCCGGAAACCCUGGAGCAGGCGCUGCCGCAGAGCAUAGAAGACGGCGAGAACUUUGGAAAGGACCAGACGCUCUGCUUCUGCCCCGUAUCGGUGGCCAAGCGCGCGAGGAAGAAUCGGUGGCUUGAGAAGCAGGCAAGGAUAGCGGCACGGAAUUCCAAUGAAGACGAGCUGGGAGCAGCAGCUACUCCUCUGGCCGCGGACUCUGGCGCAAAAACACCACGCCAGACCACUGGCGUUCUUUACAAGAACGCACCGGGCCGCCGCUGCCAGAACACAGGCCACACGGUCGGCAUUGAUUACAUUUUGCCGCUGACUUAUGAAAUGGUCGCCAACAGGGUGAAAACGGCCACGGCCCGCAUUACGCAGUGGGAUAAAUUCCUUCAGCUACGCGAAGAAACAGCACCCGACUCCGUAUUUAAUCUCAACGAAUGGAUCAGGUCGCUGAGCCGGGACGUGACUUCCAUGACAUACGAAAUGGCGGCGCCUCAAGAACAGCCAUCGACGGAUUCCCGCCUCCUGCACAUGUGGGAAGCGCUCGAAAGCCCCACGCGCAGAUGGCAGCGCCAAUGUCACAACAAGCUGCGACGGUGCAUAGCGAAGCUCGAACGCGAGAUAGAGGCUCACACCUCUACAGUGGAAUGUCAGCAGUGGAACCAGAUGUGCGACAGCCUCAACGGCCAGCUGGGCUGCGAAAUGACAUGGCACCUGCUGCGAUACCUACUGGAUCCCGGCAACACCAAGUCAACGGCAUGCGAUAAGUUGACGCAACUAAUACACCAAUACCCUGGCACCGACGAGGAGCUGCCGGCGGAGCUCGCCAGCUGGUACAUUGACAUCUCGAGACAGAGUGGCACAUGCCACACUACGUUGGAGCUCCCAAUGAACAGCUGGAUGCUGAUAUUUCGGACGCAGAGGUAUACGCUGCGCUGCACAGGCUGCGCACGAUACCGGCAGCCGGUCACCCACGUCGAGCACAUGCGAGUACUGGGCAUGAUACUACAGCAGAACCGGCGGAAUGGCAUCACCAUGGACCAGCUUCAGAUGACGGUGAAACAGAACCCGAGGCUGCUACGCAGAGUGAGCGCGCUGAUGGAGUACACCAUAUCGGAAAAAAGGACCCUGGUUGCCUUCAUCUGGGCCACAAGUUGGACUGUACUGGCCACCAUGCUGCCCUGGUACGCGUACCUCUUGCAGAACUGGAGGGUGCUCAUCGCUACGAAUGCCUCCAUGAGCGUGUUUUUACUCGUCAUCUUCUGGUGGGUCCCAGAAUCGUCUAGUUGGCUGUUGUCCGUGAACCGCAAGCAAGAAGCCCGUGUCAUCCUCCAGAGGAUUGCGCGUAUAAACGGCAAGGACGCGUCAGAAGAGCAACUCGAUAAGCUGCUGAAGAAGACAGCCAGCGAUGUGCAGACCAAUGCUGCCGCUGAGGAGGCUCCGAGCUUCUGGAGAAGCACUCUGCUCAUGCUCAAGUCGCCUAACAUCAGAAAGAUCAUGGUGCUAAUAUACCUUGGCUGGUUUAUAGUUUGCAUGUGCUACAACGUGACCACCCUGGAGCUUGGACGGCUUGGCCUGAACAUAUACUCAACGUACUCGAUCGCCAUCGCAUGCGAGUUGCCCGUGAACAUCAUAUGCAUCUCUUCGCUGGACAAACUUGGACGACGCUGGCCAAAUUCCAUUUUUAUACUCAUCGGUGGCACUGUCUGCCUCGUCAUGUGGCUACUUAGGAGCGAGUCGGCCACCUGGACGCUCGUGAUGGCGACCAUGCUCAUUAUGGCCUUCGCCGGCGGCUACAACAUCACGUACCAGAUGGCGUCGGAAGUGUUCCCCACCAUCGUCCGCGGUCGCGCCGUGCUGCUUCAGAGGCUGCUCGGAGACGCUGGUGGAUUGCUCGGUGCACAGGUCGCCUCCCUGGCUGAACUGGACGAGUAUUUACCUAUGCUGGUGAUGGGCUGCCUAGCUUUGCUAGGCAGUGUGCUGGUCUUCUUUCUGCCGGAGACAGUAGGCACCGCCAUGCCGCAGACCAUUGAGGACGGCGAGCGCUUCGGCCGCGAUCAGGGCCUAUGGUUCUGCCCUCUGUUCACUAGAGAUGCAGAAGAUACCACACAGGGCGAGUCACCAAACAAACGAAGUUCGGACAGGCACGUGAGUAGGCUUCGUGGUCACCACUGCAGUUCACACACUCAGGUGCGCCACCACGGUUGUCAGAAGGGCGUUCCUGGACCUCACACUUUGCACAGGCUAUUUGACCACGACAGCUCUGCGAGCCAUGGCCCAAUCUUUGGCAUUGGAAGCAGCGUGUAG